AUAACUAAUAUUUUAAUUACAGUUUCGAAAAAAAACAAUUAACUAAAAGAAAUUUGAAUUUUACUCACUGAAAGCGGUUGCCACAUAUUUACGAGCCACCCUUUAUUACAAAUAAACAUAGCGUGUGCAGUAUUUUGCUGUACAAAAUGUCGUUCGGAAUAUUUUAAAAUAAUAAAAAAUAAAUAAAUAUAGUUAUUAAAGCGCAGCAUCUGUUAAAGCAUUCUCAUAUGUAUGUAUGUACGUACGCGAAGUAUAUAAACUUAUUCACAAGCUUAAGCGAAAAUCCAGUAAUUCUUAAUUGGCAUUUCCGGUACAAUAAAUUGCGUCAAAGUAAUAAUUAACACGUGCUCUGAACAUAACAUUUUCAUAUUUGCAAAGUUAUGUGUUUUCUGGGAAUAAGAGAAAUAAAAUACAAAUUGACGGAGAUGUAGUAUUUGCGACAACACCAAGACGAUAAUAUUUGUGAAAGUGUUUACUGUGAAAACAAUGCUGGCAUAGCAAUUAUGAAGUUAAUAUUACGGCGUUGCAAAUGGUCGUCGGCAUUGGUAUUUGUUCUCUCUCAUAACCUCACAUCCAACUGGAAAAUGUUUAUGCGUGUGUUUUCGGCCUAUUGACAUUUCAUCACAGCUGACAGCGAUUGCGGCUAUAAAUUCUUUCAUAAAUAAAAGGGUGAAAAUUUCAAAUUUUAUUUGAUUAAUUUUGACUGCAACUUAUUUGGAAAAGAAAUAUGUCCAAACACGAUGCUUACGGCGCACCUGCUAAGCCAGAUAACAAUUGUCGCACAUGUACCGAUUUUAAAUAUUGGUCAAAACAACAGCGGCAAAUAUUUCAUAAGGCAGAUACGCCAAAGGAGGAAACAGCCGAAAACAGUCCAGCCUCACGAAAUGGCUGUCCAUUGGAUAAAGUGGCACUAGGUCGUGCAACAUGGGGCUUAUUGCACACAAUGGCAGCAUUUUAUGAAGACAAUCCCUCGGAUAAUCAAAAGCGUGAUAUGAAAACAUUUCUGGAAGUGCUAUCACGUGUCUAUCCAUGCGAACAUUGUGCCAAAGAUUUUCGCAAAGACCUCAAAGAACAUCCGGCGCAGGUGAAUUCACAAUACGAAUUCUCACAAUGGCUAUGUAAGUUCCACAAUCGUGUCAAUGUAAAGCUAGGUAAAACACAAUUCGAUUGUUCUAAAGUGAAUGAGAGGUGGCGAGAUGGCUGGCUAGAUGGUUCCUGUGAUUGAAUGAAGUAUUAACCUUAUAUAUACGUAUAUUUGAUUUCAACUAUCAAUGGAAUUGUUACAAAAUAAGCUCUUGUAAAGAGUAACAAGUGAGACAAUUAUUGUUGUUGUUGUAAUCGUUUCAUAACUGCUCUUACGUAGAUUAUCUACUUAGAUAAUAAUGGUAAACAUAUUGUAAAAUUAAAAUGUAAAGAUAUAAGCUUUGUAUAUCCUAAACGCAAAAAUGUCUACGUUAAUCUAUAUUUUCUUAAUUUAUUUUAUAAAGACAGUUUACUAAAAGUAAAGAGUCAAAAUUGCAAAAUUUAAAACAAAUAUGCGUGUAUACUAAAAAAUAUUUGGAUUUGGAUAGUAAACGUCAGCUGUUCUAUUUUUAUAAUUUAUAUUAACUGGGCAAGCUAUCGGAAUAAUUCAUUAACUUUAUCUGGUAUAUUUGUAUGCAAUGUACAAGACUCGUUUUCUUUGUUGUCGUUGCAAAACAUACAUAUAAUCGGUGAUCUGAAAAUCCCCAGCUUAAUAUAAAUCAGUCUAUAAUCUGGUUAAUUUGCAGGAUUCGAGAUUUAGCUCUUGGUUUUGUAACAGCAUAAAUGAUUUCAUAUAUUAGGUUCCAAGGAAUUAAACGCUUUUGAUUACAUACAAAUCAGGCCUGGUUUCAAUACUUACAACUGUUCCCGAUUUCCUCCGAACACAAAAUUAUUUGAUAUAUAGCCAAAUUAAAAAAACUUGCACUUUUUCAUUUUAUCUAUUUAUUUAUUUAUCAUUACAUAACUCUUUCAGUUUCAAUUAGAAUUUUUACUGCCGAAUAGCCUGUAUCUGCUUCGCAUAUUGAAACAACUUUCUACGUAAAUAAUACAUAAUUAUAUAGAUGUGGGAGUGUAUUAUGUUUUAGUUGGUAGUGUUGCUAGAAUUUCUCCCUUCAGCGCAAAGGCAAGGAUGUGGGUUUGUUGUUUACUGCCACACACAGAAAAAUGCCUAUUUAGAUUCUGCCAGGGAAAGUACCGGCAUCGCGUUGAUCAUUCCAUCUUUCCACCCAUGCAUUGGGGCACAUCGAUGAGAAUACUUUCUUGAAAUAGUUGCAUGGCUCGUAGCUUUCUCCGCGCACCUUCUGGCAGCGAUGGUAGUCAAUGUAUGAUUGAUAACAAUAGCGAGUCACGUUCUGGUUGGGGAAGCGUGGAUCGAAGGGCGCAGUUUCCAAUUUGUACGUCAUGGUUUUUUCUUUGC